AUGGAGUGUCAGUCGUGCGAUAGUAAGAAAGUUACCAAAGUAUUUGACGCAUCGCAGCGUAAAAGGUCAAGGAAGAAGCGCGAUGGGUUUGACGAUGCGAACUCUGUAGCAACCGAUGACUCUGCAAUAGGUUCUGUUCGUACAAGCUGUCCUGUGCCGUCAGGGAAAACUAGUUUGCCAGAUUUAACUUCAGCGAAGGGUAUACAAGAAACUCAUGUUCCUAAAAGAGAGAGAGACAGUAGUCCAUCUCAAGAGCAUUCGCCUAUUGACCACCGGCGAUCGCCUGUCGACCCACAUCGUUUGUCACGAUCACGGCGGAGACAUCACAGGUCCUCUGCAAAUGAGGGAGUGUCUCUUGCGCUGAAGGCCGGGCUUGUUUCUACUCCACGCUCCGUCUCUCCACUAGAGGAAGGAGAUGGAGUUUGUGAAUCCAUACCACAAGACCAGGAUUCGUUUAUAUACGCAUUUUUAGAAGAAGCUAUCAAGAGAGACAAAAAGAAACAACGUCAUUCUCGGCGGCGCGAGGAACGCGCAAAUCAUGAUCGUGAAAUAUCUGUCGCACAGGAUAAUGAUCGUUAUUGUGAUCGAGAGCGUGACCGCGAUCGGGAUCGCGAUCAUGACCGUGACCGUGAUAGAGACCGAGACCGCGAUCGUCGUCGUCACCACCACCGACACAGGGACGAUGUGCCAUCAAGAGACCGUGAUAAAGAAUCUAAAGACGUGACUCCUGCUCUCGUCAAUCAAACAAUGCUUUUCGAGACGUUUGCCAAAAUAUGCGCGCAAAUAAACGACAAGGAUGCUCGUGGCAAUGCUCCCCAAUCUCCUCUGGUACGUACCCAGAGUCACAAAUCCCUGCAAUGCGAGGUCAUCUCUGGCCAUGAUCCGUACGAGGUUGAUCGACAACCUGUCCGAUUGAACAGUCACACAAGAUCGAGAGAUUUAGUUGCUAACAGAAUACGUAGCCAGGAGGACUGUUCGAACAGAAUGCGAAGUUAUGAAAAACUGGUUCUACCUAACGAUAUGGAUAGGUCUAAUCAAGAAAAAUGUAUGUAUUAUUACAAAGAGCCGCCCAGAUAUCAGAGUAAACUGGACGUGGCCAGAUCAAGAACUCAUCACAUCGAAGAUGACAGAUUUCGGGAAUAUCCACAUGUGCUACCGAUGGUACCAACUCGAAGCUGCAUAAACCCUUAUAGACGACAACCAGAAAGCAGGGACUAUCGAGAUUACGAUGGAGACAAUAGGGGAAGGCAUUACGAAGAUGAUAGAAAAUAUUGUGAGCAUAAAACCAGUAGGAGCUUUGAAGUCCGUAGGGACUGUCAUGAGAAUGAAAGAAUCAGAAGGUCGGCCCGUACCGAUCCUAGAGAGAGAAGAUUCGAUGAAAGAGAAAAAAGAAUCGAUGAAACGUCAAAGUAUUACGAUGAAAAGCCUUUGGAUCCCCGCGAAAGGAUGAAUAGUAUUACGGGCAAAGAUCGGCGUUGGAAAAAGAAUUUUGAGCGGUUUGAAAGGAAUUCUGUAACGUCAAGGGACGAUGAUUAUAAUAGGGAGAGAGAUAGAUACUCUGAAAGAGAAAGAGAUUCAGGGUUGAGUGUGGCAGAUGGCGAUACAAGUACUAUCAGUGGAAGGAGCAAUUAUUUGAAGGUUGUCAAGCAACAAAUAUCGGAACAACGUGAAGCUAUGGACAAGAUGAUGAAACUGUGGAAGGAACUGAUGCGGUGCUUCAAAGGUAUAUCGCAGACCCAAGGGCAAGAUAAAAACGUUCAGGAGUCUGCAGCAAAUGCUCAAGAGUCAGCGACAGAGCAGAUGCGUUUGUGGUGGGAGUGCAUGCGACGUUACGAGACUGUUGCCAGGGACGUUGGUGACACGGAUGCAAGGCUCAUGGAAGAAAUUAAGAAGCAGCGUUCCGAAAUGGCGGAGAUGGCGACCAUGUGGCAGGAAUGUUUGCAACGAUACCGUGAUAUAAGCAAUGAUUUUAACAGCCUCAAGCAACAGUUGGUGACACCUGAGAGUCCAACUCGGAUGCCUGCUGCGCCUCCUCUGUUGUGUGCUGAGGGCGAAGGCUCCAUGAUUCCUCAGUCUUAUAGGAUUCCGGUGUAUCCUGGGCAGCAACCGCAAGCGCCGAUGCAGGCGCAGGCGGCGGGCGCGGGGUGCGCGGUGGGCGCGGGGGGCGCGGGCGGCACGUGCGGCGCGGCGGGCUUCGGGCCGGCACGUGCCGGGUCGCCGCUGCGCGGGCGCUCGUCGGCGCCGCCCGCGUGGUGGUGGUGCGACGCGCCGCCGCGCUCGCCGCGCCGCCGCUCCUCGCCCGACUCGCGCGCCUCGCGGGGCUCUCGCGACCGGGACAAGGACAAGCGCCACCGCCGCAAAGAUGAUACGAGGUAUAAGGAUAAACCUUCGAAGCCGAGCGCUGCUCGGUCAGACCAUAGACAUCGAAAAAGAUGA